AAUGUACUCUCCGAUUUGGCAACGUGGGAUGCAAUCCCUGACGGCGGACACAUGGUGGAAACAACAUGUGUAUAUUAGAUCUGCCCGGCGAAGCGGUUUACCAGUGCACAGUGCUAGAAUGGAAUAGACAGAAACAAUUUGUGUGGGUGAAAUAAACCAAAUAUUCUGGAAUUUUCCUGAACAGUUUCAGUUUAAGGCUCGGGUGAGUGAUCCAAGUGGCGAAUAUCGGCUUUUUAGUGCAAGGGCUAGCCGAUAGAGGGUGGUAAUGAGUGUAAUUUGUAUGGUCCUUCGAGCUACCCAAUACUAAGAUUCCUGUCCAAGAUGAGCAAAUACCUUAUUUUAUUUGUGAUAUGCACGUUCCUAAUAUCUCAAUCACGAACAGAAGUGUUCACCGCCAUAGUUGACAUGGAGGGUCUUCUUGACACUGAAGCAGCACUCAUUUAUACGUUAGAGAACUAUGUUAAAGCGGAGGAACAAAAGAUCGACUUGCUCAAGAGGUACAUUGCUAUUUACAAUAAGCAACACAACAGAGCCUCAGAAGAUCCCCAACUUUAUCUAGCAAAUCCUAUUAACGCCUACACUUUGGUAAAGAGACUCACCACUGACUGGAGUCAUGUAGAGACCUUAAUAGGCACAAACAUCAAUACAGAUGCUUUGCAAAAUAUUUCCUAUUUCAAGGAACACAUGAAGUUCCCAACUGACGAAGACUUAAAUGGAGCAGCUGUAGCUCUAACUCGGCUUCAGGAUACGUACCAUUUGGACACUUCUUCUUUAGCUAGAGGUGAACUAAAUGGUGUGAAAUAUAGUUCUGAGCUGACUGCAGCCGACUGUUUUGAACUGGGCCGUCAGUCCUAUAAUAAUGGAGAUUACUACCACACUCAGCUAUGGAUGGAGGAAGCCGAAGCGAGAUCUAAAAGAGAAAUAAAUGAAACAAUUGACCACAGCGACAUUCUGGAAUACCUGGCUUUUUCAACUUAUAAACAAGGUAAUGUUGCUCUGGCAUUGGACUUGACAAAUAAAUUAUUGGAUAUACUUCCCACUCACCAGAGGGCGCUCGGAAACAAAAUCUAUUACGAGGGAGAGUUGAAAGAACUGGAACAGAAUAACAUAGGCAGGAAAAAAGGAGAUGACGGUUCCGAAGACAGCACAUCUAUCGGGGUAAAAUUUGGAAAAUCUCCUUAUGAUGACCCAUUCAGCAAAGAACUCUACGAAGCGCUUUGUAGAGGGGAGGUCACGAUGUCGUUACAUGAUCGAUCAAAGUUAAAAUGUCGAUACUUCUUUGGUAACAACAAUCCCUUCCUUAAAAUAGCCCCCUUCAAAGUCGAAGAAGCCUAUUUGGAUCCAGAUCUAUAUAUUUUCUAUGACGUUAUGUCUGAUGAUGAGAUCGAAACUGUAAAGAAACUAGCCCAGCCUAGGUUCAGAAGGGCAACAGUACAAAACUCUCAAACUGGAGAACUCGAAGUGGCUCAGUACAGAAUCAGCAAAUCCGCUUGGUUGAAGGAAGAUGAAGAUGAACGGGUAGCUGUCAUUAGUCAAAGGGUUAGUGAUAUGACGGGUCUGACAAUGACAACUGCCGAGGAACUUCAAGUGGUGAACUAUGGCAUUGGUGGACAUUACGAACCUCAUUUUGAUUUUGCCAGGAAAGAAGAAACGAAUGCCUUUAAAAAUCUUGGAACAGGAAACAGAAUAGCAACUGUGUUAUUUUACAUGAGUGACGUACCGCAAGGCGGAGCCACUGUCUUCCCCAUGUUGAGGACUUCUCUUUGGCCCAAAAAGGGUACUGCUGCCUUCUGGUUUAACUUGUUCCCUAGUGGAGACGGUGACAAAAGAACCAGGCACGCUGCCUGUCCUGUUUUGGCUGGUUCAAAGUGGGUUUCAAACAAAUGGAUACACGAAAGGGGUCAAGAAUUUCUCAGACCUUGUACCAAAGAUCCACCACCUGAGGAUUUGAUAGCCUAAAAUAAUUAUGAUGGACUGAACACUCAAAUUCGUUUUAAUUGAUAGUUCUAUUAGAAUGUAUAAAAAUUCUAGCUUUUUGUUUUUGUCUACAAUUUAUAUAUGAAAGGAUUGUAAAGAUGGUAAAAAAAUAUUGAUAAAACAGCAUUUUUUAUACUGUUUCCUGACAAUUUGUACCAAAUUUAAUUUUUCGUUUGUGAUUUAAUAAGAUCUGCUUAUUUUCUAGGGAUUUUAGCUUUAACCACAGAUUUUGUACAUAUUUUAUAUAAAUUAUUUAAUAAAUA